CACAGACCAUCUUUGCCCACACGACCUAGGAGGGGCGGCGGAGUCUAGCGGAAUACUGUCGACAGGCGGCGGAGUCUCCGCCCUCCAAUAGAGACGGAUUCCACCACGCCCCUGUCGGCAAAUGCCCCGGAUUCCACAAUGCUGCGGAGUGACCGUCAUAGCCUCAGAACCGAUGGGUCGACUCGUGACCGAUGGGACUGGAAGACAUGAGGCGAGGCGACGGGCAUGGCCCUCGUGGAUAGAAAGGAUGCAUGGCCCCUCAGUUGUGAGCUCUCACUAUAAUCGAUAUAAUCGGAGCCGAGGCGGCACGUCCGAGACUGCUGCUCGCCCACUCACUCACUCAUUCUUACCUUGUCACCGUUCUGCUGCCUUGCCCAUCUGAGCCGAAACGAGCAGAGUUCUCACGCACAACAAUGGGUUCCAACUCUCUCGAAUGGGACGUCGAGAGCGGCCACGUAGGCCCGACGCCGUGGUGGAAGGAUGCUACCUUCUACCAGGUGUACCCGGCGAGCUUCAAGGACUCCAACGGCGACGGCUGGGGCGACCUCCCGGGUCUCAUUUCUGAAGUGGACUACCUUCACGAGCUCGGGGUCGACGUGGUCUGGGUGUCUCCAAUCUUCGAGAGCCCGCAGAAGGACAUGGGCUACGACGUAUCCGACUAUCAGUCCAUCUACGCGCCGUACGGCACCGUCGAGGACGUAGAUCUUCUCGUCAAGGAGUGUCACUCGAGACGCAUGAAGGUCAUUCUCGACCUCGUGGUCAAUCACACGUCCAUCGAGCACGCGUGGUUCAAAGAGUCCCGGUCAUCCAAGAGAAACCCCAAGCGCGACUGGUACAUCUGGAAGCCGGCGCGGUACGACGAGCAAGGCAUCCAGCACCCGCCCACGAACUGGCGCGGCUACUUUGCCGGCUCAACGUGGACGUGGGACGAGCGCACGCAGGAGUACUACCUGCACCUAUACGCGGCGGACCAGCCGGACCUAAACUGGGAGAACGCGGACUGCCGCGAGGCCAUCUACGAGGAGACGAUGCGCUUCUGGUUAGAGCGCGGGGUGGACGGCUUCCGGAUCGACACGGUCAACAAGUACUCGAAGCGGCAGGACUUUGUCGACGCGCCCAUUACCGACCCCGAGUCGCCUCACCAGCCGGCGCCGGAGAUGUGGUGCAACGGACCCCGCAUCCACGAAUUCAUCAAGGAGAUGACGCGCAAGGCGCUGGCCCCUUACAAGGCCGUCUCGGUAGGCGAGCUGUCCAAUACGCCGCACCCGUCGCAGGUGAUUCCAUACGUCUCGGCGGCGGCGCAGGAGCUCGACAUGGUGUUUGAGUUUUCUGUGAUUCGGUUGGGUACGGGCAACGGCUUCGGGGCAAAGUACCUGUAUCAGCCGUACCCGCUGACGAAGCUCAAGAGCUUGACGGAGACGUGGCAGAGCUUCAUCGAGGGCACGGACGCGUGGGCGACGGCGUUUAUCGAAAACCACGACAACGGGCGGGCUAUUAGCCGGUUCGGAGACGCGUCGACGCCGGAGUUGUGGUUGCGGUCGGGCCAGGCGAUUGCGCUGUGGCAGGCGACGCUGUCGGGGACGCUGUUCCUGUACCAGGGCCAGGAGAUUGGCAUGGUCAACAUGCCGAGCAGCUGGGGCAUGGACGAGUACCGGGACAUUGAGAGCCGCAACUUUUACGCCGAGGCGGCGGCGUCGGGCAGCCAGGAGCGGCUCGAGGGGACGGUCAGGGGCCUGCAGAUCCUGGCACGGGAUCACUCGCGGAUGCCGUUUCAGUGGAGCGACGCGCCGCAUGCGGGCUUCACCACCGGCGGCGCGAGGCCGUGGAUGCGCGUGCACGACAACUACCGGUCCGUCAACGCGGCGCGGCAGUCGCGCGACCCGCACUCUAUCCUGAGCUUCUACAAGAGGGCGCUCAAGCUGCGCAGGGAGCACGGCGACGUGUUUGUCCACGGGUCGUUUAGGCUCAUGGCGCGGGACGACGAGGCGCUCUUUGCGUACGUCAAGGAGAGCGCCGCGGUGGUGUCGUCGUCGUCAGGGGCAGCAGCAGCAGGAGGAGGAGGAGGCAAGCCGCCGCGCAAGAAGGCAGUCGUGGUGCUCAACAUGAGCGCCGAGACGAGGCCGUGCGUGGACGUGGCCGGGGCGAUGCAGUGCGCCGGCGACGGCGCGGACGUCAGGCUGCUGGUCGGCACGUUGGGCGACGAGGCGUCCGCGGGCGGGUCAGGCGGCCCGACGACGGCCAAGGGUGUGUCGUUGCCCCCGCUGGCGGCGUGGGAGGGGCGCGUGUAUGUGAACUAUUAGUGUCUGGACUUUUGGUCUGGCCUGACACGGAGAGAGGGUGAUGAUAUGCCGACGGACCAUGAUGGGC